AUGGAGUUCACCUGCAGGAUGGCUGACCCAAGGAGCAGACCUGAACACAAGAGGGCUGGAGUAGGCCACGAGUGAGGUAUGAGAUGUUGGUGGGUAUCUGCGGUCAUUGAUUUUGUAUUCAAAAGUCCUCAGCAAGACCAAGAAUUUGUCCUUUUGGAAAACCAGCUUCCAAAUACUGAGAGGAAUCAUCUGUUGUUCUCUACAGUAGAUAAUGUGCAGAAGUCAAUAAAAAGAAUCGUAUUCAUUGCCAUGUUCUACACCGUUCUCAAUACUCUCAAGUAUGAUCAGGAUUAUUUAGACUUAGCAAGACUAGCUGGAACACUUUGAAUGAUGGCUGGAAUCGUCCUCUCUAGAAAUUAUAUUUCCAGAUUUCCCUCAUAUAUACCUAUGGCCUUGUUCAUAUUCAACGGAGUUGGAUAUUUCUUGCUGCACUUGCUCUUCCAGACCAAUCACAAAGAGCAUUUCAACUCAUUUCUUUCAUGCUGAUAUUUGCUUCAUUAUUUCUUGUGAACUCUGACUCCAUCGAAGAGACACCAAAUCUGCUUGAUCUUCUCGCUAACAGUACUGAUGCAUCUAGCAAUCGCGAUGUACGGAUUCGGAGAAAUGGACAAUGACUUGGUCGUAUCAGGAGUCAUGUCUAUCACGUUCUUCGACCUUGGCUUGGAGACUCACCAAGGAAGACUCUCACAGAUGUACCAAAUGAUCCUUGAGAACAAGAAGUUGGUUGAGGAAAAACAAAAGAUAAUGCAGCAAUUUCCUCACCCAAUUUUGAUACUUCCUCAGAAGAUCUCUGAGCUGUCAAAGUGAUAUCCUAAUGACCAAUUUGAGAAGAAGAUCAAGACUCUGAACCAGAAGAUUAAGGAGCUUGACAAAGUCCAAGUCACUGUGAAUACAAAAGUGAAGCAAGGAAAGGACCACUGAGAGAGGCAGACUCUUCUCCAGUAUUUAGAAGAUCAUCAAGAAGAUGAGAAGAACCUGGCUAGAGAGAUUAAAAGAGAUGCAAUUAUUGAGUGAAGAAGUUAUCAAAGAAACAACCCUCUCUCACAAUCAGAUAGCUUUGAUGAUGAAUUUGACUACCAAAGUCAAUCAAAGAGGAAUUACAAUAUUAAGUCUAUCAAUGUUGAAUGGAAGGGAUUUCCUUCAGUUAUGCAUGUCUUUAUUGACACCACUGACAUUAUUAAUCUUGAAACAGCGAAAAGCCGCAUCAAGAUGCAAAGAAUUAUGUUUGCUAGUGCGAGUCAUGAAUUCAGAACUCCACUGAAUGCAAUUAUCAAUUCUUUCAAUUUUAUCAAAACUAAUUUUGAAGGUUUGAUGAAUACAUUUGAGAGAGUGUUACCUGAAAGAAUCAUUUCAAGCGAAAGCACUUGAGAAAACAUCGAAUGCAUUUCCCAGUUUUUAAGGACAGGAUCUACUUCAUCAAUGCUCAUGAUGGGGCUGGUUGAAGACAUUCUGAACCUUUCUAAGAUUGAUAAUGGAACAUUUACAACUGUCCAUGGCCAUUUUCAUAUUCCUAAAUUACUAGAAGAAGUUCAUUCUCUUUUCGGUGUUCAGUGUGAAAGCAAAGGCAUCGAGCUACUGAUCGAAUGAAAUGAUGAUCUUGAGUUCUUUGAGGUUCUGUCUGAUGCGAAUAGGAUCAGACAAGUUCUUCUAAACUUAGUGUCAAAUUCUGUCAAAUUCACUUUUAGUGGAUUUAUCAAAAUCAAAGCAGGCCUGGUGAAGACUCUAAAUGGCUCUGUGCUGAUUGAGUUUAGAGUCCAAGACACUGGAACUGGGAUCAAGAAGGAAGACCAAGAAUGCCUAUUUAAGCUCUUUGGAGUCAUAGGAGAAAACGGAGACCUCAACCCCAAUGGGUGUGGGUUGGGACUCACUAUCAGCAAGAAAUAUGUUGAGAGACUUGAUGGAGAAAUUAGGGUAGAAUCUGUGUACGGUGAAGGAACAGAGAUGAUAUUCUCUGUUCUACCAAAAGAAAUUCAGAAUUUACCUGAAAACGGAAGAGCCUCGAUUUCUCACUUUCGUGAACUACCAAUAGAACUCUUUGAAAGUUCAAAUGAGGUGGAUCUUGAAAUAAGUGAAGAAUAUUUUCCUAACGAAUCAGGAGUGAAACAAUGCAAAUAUUUUAAGAACAAAUGGCUAAAAUUUUAAUAUACGAAUCUUCAACUUGAA